AUGCAUACCAACAGCCUUGUCAAGCACUCGCCUGUUCCAGCCAUGCUGCACGACCAAUCUACCGAGUACGAAAUGCUGUUCAACCCCAAGAUCUACCACAAUCGGAAAUUCCUGAUGGCACGCCGUGCACUCCAGGCACUAUAUGCAUUGGAACGUAAGCGAUACGACGGUACGACUGUCGAUGCUCGGUAA